GUUAGUUUUUAUGUUGUAGCCGAUCGACUGCUCGCUUUGACUUCACAUUCGCCUUUUUGCAGCCUGUCAAUAAGAUUCUCGAUCCUUCCUAAAUUGUUCGUUUUAGACUUUGGAUUCCUUCUCCUGCAUCCUUGACACCGCCUAGGCCCCAAAGCGGAGCUCGGGCAGCGGGUUUGUCCUCUUUGUCUGCUUAGAGGAUUUUCCAGCAUAUUCCAUCAUCUCAUCUCUGCACUGUAACUGGUGGAAGUGGCGCUCAUUGCUGGGCUGAUAUUGGGAAUUAUAGUUUUGGCUGAGGGCACUCUAAACCUCAGCCUGCUCGCAUUAACCACAAGCCCCAGUGACAAAACGACAGACGACUGCCUGCGCUGACGCUAUGGAUCACUCCCCCAGCACCAGUCAACUCAUGUCCGGCAACGUGACCAAUAAGACAGACCCUCGGUCCCUGAACUCAAGGGUCUUUAUUGGGAACCUUAACACGAUGCUGGUCACCAAGGCCGACGUGGAAGCCAUUUUUAGCAAAUACGGCAAGAUCGUUGGCUGCUCUGUACACAAGGGCUACGCCUUCGUCCAGUUUGCCAAUGAGAGGAACGCACGGACCGCUGUGACGGGAGAGGACGGACGCAUGAUAGUUGGACAGGUGCUUGAUAUUAACUUGGCAGGGGAGCCCAAACCACACCGGUCAAAAACAACAAAGCGAUCUGCCGGAGAUAUGUACAGCAGUUCUACUUUCGAGCUGGAUUACGAUUUCCAGAGAGAUUACUACGACAGGAUGUAUUCGUACCCGUCCCGUGUGCCUCCACCGCCUCCUCCUCCUCUGUCCCGCGCCGUCAUCCCUUCCAAGCGUCCACGGGUCACUAUGAGCGGAGGAACCAGCCGCCGGAAGUCCAGCCUGUCCUCCUCAUCCAAGAGCAGUCAGCGGUCUUCCUCUCGAGCCCUGAAAUCGGAUGACCUUCAAACUAUUAAGCGAGAGCUUGCUCAAAUCAAACACAAGGUCGACUACCUUCUAGAGAGUCUGGACAGGAUGGAAAAAGACCACGGCAAGAAAUCAGAUGGGAAAACCAUGAAGGCGGAUAUGGCGGAGGCUUCUUCCCUGCAGCAUUCCAUGAAGAAGGAUAGAGAGAGGGAGGAGCAAGAGAUCAACGACUCUGACGAGGAGAGAGAUCUAUUGGAAGAGGAGGAAGAGGUCAAAAGUCUGGAUGGAGAUAAUGAAGAAGAGGAGGGAGAGCACGAGGAGGAAGAGGAGGGAGAGCACGAGGAAGGGGAGGACGAUGGCGACAGCAUUAACGGCGACGACUCGUAGAGUGUUUUAUACACGGUGGACACCAUACACACGCCCUUUCAGUUGUUUAGAAAGGUUGAAGCCGGUCUUUAAAAGAUUUGUACAUUUGAAAUGUAGAUGCGCCCGUGAUGUAUCUGACACUACAUUUACGUUUAUUUUAAUGCUAGCAUGGCGUCAUUUCAGGCUUUGAAAGUGUCCCUGAACUAUUAUGAAGAAAAACAACAGAUAACCGUACGUUCUCUGAUUAUAUUAUGAAUAUGAGAAGGUUGUUUUGUGUGUAUUUACUCUGGUUGUGGCACACACACACACACACACAUGUUGUAUUUCUUACUAGCAGAUAGAUUGUGCGUUUUCAUUCUCCGCGUGAGACUGGCUUGUUCCCUGUAUGCCCUGACACAUAGGAUUUUUGUUUUCUGUGUACAAAACUAAAAUGUGUAUUUUAAGAAAGGAAACUGAAGUAGCUUCUCUGUUACAGAGAGUCAAGAAGCUCCAAGGAAAUGUCUAUGUUUGUAUGUACCUGUCUUUUUAUAUUACAGUUUCAGAAUAAUUACAGGAGAAUUUCAAUAAAAUAUUAAAAUAAA